GAACCAGUGAGCUUCUAGGCAGUAUGUGCACUGUGGAGCUUCCAAGUGGAGCAUCACAGCCACGAUCAAAUUGGUGCUGCUACAGCACGCUGCACACCUGUUCUGACUUUUGCUUCCUGACUGUCAGUUGUGGGCACUCCAAGUGCAGCACGUUGGUAGCACUGCAGUGCGCUUUUCUCCUGGCAGUCGCUGUCCUGUUGUGAUUGUAGCUGACAAUUAUAACUCCGCUGCUCUGUGUAACGAUGGGUGUCAUGCUGUGUGUUACUGGAUGUUGAUUCAGGCAGGCCUGUUUACCAUUGCAUUUCAACAAAACACUGGGAUGUACCCAAAAAGCACCUCUGACCUAGGGAUGUGAUACAGAAUCUUCACAUUCAAAAUGCAAAACUACAUGUCACGAGAUAAACGUGCAAUGUUUUACUCCCAAGAUAGACUUGGUAGCUGUUCUGAAUGAAGAAUGAGGUGAAUUACACCUUCUAUCUACAGCUCGUCAAGGACAGGUAUAUUAAUUGCUGAAGAAGUGUGGGCAGGAACCAGAGUCUGCACUUCUCCUAUAAAGACACACCUUCCUUUAGGCAGCAAAAAGCUUGUGCUCUGGUUCUCCCUGCUUUGUAGGAAUAAUAAGUUUGCUGACACCUGGGAGUGAUUGGCUGUACCACGAGGUGUAAGCAAUUGUGCAGAGUGCAAGCAGAAGUGGUGUAUUUUUUCUUGAUUACUGUGACCUCUUUCAUUAUACAUGAAGGUAAACCCUGACUUUCUUCUUGUACUUUUCAGUUGAUCAGGUAGUGGUAACACUGCAUCUUCCUGGUGACAGAGAGCCAGCAGAAGUGGUGGAUUUGUCUGUCCGUGCAGAUGGGAUGCAGGUAGAUGCUGAGCUCCUGACCAGUAGUGAUGCCUCAAGUACAGGAAAGGACUAACCCAAAGGGCCUGGACAGCUCUGAAGAUGCUGCUUCAAAUGAAAACAAGACUGUUAGUGGCAGUGAUUCCCCUCUUCUCACCAGUGGAAGCUGCAGACCUUCUCGACCUCCCAGGCCUUCCAGACCACCUCCACCUGCACCUGCAGAUCCCCAUCAGCAGCUGAACAUCGAGGAAUGUGAGUGGCUGAGAAAUGGAGUUGGGACUCAGGGGAGCAAUCGAGCAACGGGUGCCUGUGUCACAACCUUCCUGAGCGGCCCUUGCAAGGACUGGCACAAUCUUGGGACUCAGACUUGGGAGACAGUGAAGAAACCCCAAGGCAAGUGCUGCUCGGCUGAGGAAGGAAGCCAAGAAGGAGAGCAAAAAGAACCGAGAAGGCCCACAGGACACUCGAAUCAGCUGGAAUGCUUCCUCGGAGGUGGCACCAAGGGCAGCGGACUGAGUUGCCUGGUUUUCACAGACAGUGCAGAGGGACUGAGGCACCUGGAAGGGAAGGGCUUGUGCUGCGUUCCAAGCAAAGAGGGCUUGCCAGAGGCAGGACUUCAGCUAUGGCAAGAGAUGGUGAUGCUGCGUUCCUUCAGCAUGUGUCUCUUCAGGGCCAGAGCCGGUCUAGUAUGAGAUUGAAAUACGGCUCGCCGGGCCUGGAGAGAGAGGAGGUGACGUGGCCAUAGGAUCAGGCUUCUCCUUGUGUCUGCCUGGAGGCUGAAUGACUCAUUGCUAAGCAGACAUCCUGGACACUGGGGUUUUGUUUUGGGCUGUGUUGAUAAAUGCAACCCAAAUCGUUCUGUAUUGAAUAAAAGUGAAACCAACCUUUUAAAACGGUGCUGCCUCUUUCCGUAGCUGGUCAAAAAGUCCCUUGCUUGGGCUGGCAAUUGUGGGGCGAUGAACCAGUCGGCCCUCCCCUGAAAUUCUGCUGGUUCUCCCCCGU